AUGACAUGGUUGAUUUCCAGCGAGAAGCUAACCACGCCCAGACUAAUCACUAAUCCUGACGAGCAACACCCAACCACACCACGACGGGGGACCACCAAGAUGGAUCCAAUGAUCGUGGACAGCAACUACUCUCAGCGGAGACGUCCGUUGAUGGAUGCCUCCGGCCGCGUGAAUCACUCAAAGUCGCCCAACGCCGAGACCCCACGCCUGGUAGUCGAAGAGUCUGAGGUCAAAUCACCGGAUAGGAUGUCCUUCCUCAUGACUCCGACCCCAAAGAGGACACGGGAUGUUGAUAGGCUCUCGGUGGCAACCGACAUGCAACCCGAUUCAGCGCGCAACUCCAUCAUGUCAGCAACCUCUAUUCUCUCCAGCAGGGGAAAGAGAAAAACACACGUUGGACCUUGGCAACUUGGACGCACACUGGGAAAAGGGGCCACUGGUAGGGUCAGAAAGGCAAAGCACGCCGUGACGGGAAAUACCGCCGCCAUCAAGAUCGUUUCCAAGAAAUCGGCCGCGAUGGUUCAGAGUGAGAGCAUUGCAGCAAUGGACCGCAAUGCGGGAAAUUUUGCCGGGAAUUUUGCGAGCAAAACAACUACCAGAGCGAUGCCAUGUGGUAUUGAGCGUGAGGUGGUAAUCAUGAAGCUGAUCGAGCAUCCAAAUGUCAUCAGUCUGUAUGAUGUUUGGGAAAAUAGAGGAGAACUAUACUUGGUUCUCGAAUAUGUCGAAGGAGGGGAGCUAUUUGACUAUGUAUCGUCUAAUGGCCCUCUCCAAGAGGAAGAAGCAGUGCGAUUGUUUCGGCAGAUCAUCGCAGCACUUGGAUAUUGCCAUCGUUUCAACAUCUGUCACCGCGAUCUGAAGCCAGAGAACAUUUUGCUUGACGCCAAUCACAACGUGAAACUUGCUGAUUUUGGUAUGGCGGCUCUCCAGCCCGCCGGACACAUGCUGAACACGUCUUGUGGAAGCCCACAUUACGCAGCACCCGAGAUUAUCCACGGCCACAGCUACCGAGGUGACAGGGCCGAUAUGUGGAGCUGCGGUAUCAUUCUUUACGCACUGCUGACCGGGUACUUGCCAUUUGACGGUGGAGAUCUCGCCGGCACGCUUCGCCUCGUUAAGAAAGGCGUCUACAACAUCCCCGGCAACCUGAGCGAGGAGGCCAGUGACUUGAUCCAACGUAUCUUGCAGAAAAGACCAGAAGAUCGCAUCACCAUGCAGCACAUCUGGAUGCAUCCACUGCUCACGAAAUAUGAGAAGCUUCACAAUGCCCUGGUUGAUCACUACGUUGGUCCACCACCCCCAUUGUCGGUCAAAGACUGUGGUCCGGCCUUGUCUUGCUAUCAAGACAUUGACAUUGAUAUCCUUCGAAAUCUUCAAACAUUGUGGCAUGAUGUGGAGCUGAAUGAUUUGAUACAGAGGCUUUUGUGCAUCGAGCCAACCCAUGAGAGGUUGUUCUACAAUGCCCUAGCAAGGUUCCGCGAUGAUCAACUCGAGAACUACCAAGGACAGCCUCUUGAGUACUCGGCUAGCGAUUAUCAUCAUAUCUCUCGCCCUGGCCAAGUUCGUCGUGGUCGGAGCCAGACGGGACAGGGCAGCUCCAAGCGGCGUGCCCAAUAUUCCUCGGGUAAAGAUUUGUGCCACCGUUCUAGCUCCAUCAAGGAGCCAAUGUCUUGUGGUACUGUAGAGAGCUAUGAUCCGUACAGGUCUCCAAAGCAUGAGAAAAUGAUGCAGACGCAGUACGCUCAGAUCACGGUCCACAGAGAAGCGGGCAACAAUACAGUUGACCUCCUUUCUUCGCCCAGGGUGCAGCCCCCGCCAUCUAUCGUCGAGGAGGAAGAGCCGGAGGAUGAUGAAGACGAAGAUGACGAUCUCACUGAUUCGCCAUUUACCGUCGUCCAGAAGAGAAAGCACAGGCCUAGCUCUAUGAAGUCUUUCCACUCGUCCCGCAUGCCUCACUCAAGCUCGCGGGCUCCUGGGCUUUCUACUCACAGCAUGAGCUAUCGUCGGAAUGUUUCUUUCCACCAUACCCGCAAUCGCUCCCAGGGAUCUACCACAGCGAAACCUAAACGCAGAAAGACCGCCACGCCAAAUCACCAAACAGAGAUCAAGCGCUCACCUAGCACAUGCAGCUUGCAAAUACUCGCAGAAUGCACUGGCCCGCAAGAAAUCCCAAGCAGCCCACCCUUGCCGGCGCAGCCGAUGGUUGUUCGCCCGAACAACCCUAAGGUCAGGAGCUUGCAUCAUGUGCGGAAAGUUCGAGACUCAGACUAUACUUGGAAGGAGGACACCCGCCAGGUAUCUCAUGAACUCAGCCAGAUUUGUGAAGAAGCGUUCAAUGGUAGUUCUGCCUCAACCAUGCGCACAGCAAGCGUUGGAUCCGGGUAUGAAACGCCAGGAACUCCACUUUCUAUGGCAAGUCCUCCGCAGGUUCAACCUACCGCAAUACCUGCUGCUCCGAAGCCCCCCAAGGAGCCCACACCCUCCCAAAACAUCCGGGCGCUUAUCCAGACACGACAAAGGGUCCUCGAGUAUAGCUGUGGACGAACAAACAAUGUUCUACACAAUCUGCCUGAGGUCAUCAGUCAGCUCGAUCGGUUGAUUGAUGAGCACCGCGCAAUUGCACAGAGGGAGAUCGAUGUGGGCACCUUCAGUGACCCCUUCAUCACCACGCCUGCCGAGGCAUCUCUGCCCGUCAUUGAUGAAGAAACUGCCAGCCCGGCCCUUUCGUCGCGUGAGAUGGCCACUCAACCUCAACCCCCGCCGCGGGCCUCGCUCGCCGUUUCACAGGGCGCUGACCCAAGGGCUACAAUUCGAAUGGUUCCCCACAGUUCCUUCCGCUCCAUGGAAGAAGUAAAGCCGCUCACCAUUCGAAAGAAGAAGAGUAUGAAGCCCGUGCCCGACGUUCAGGAAGGUGCCACCGUUGUUUCUGAGCCGGCAGACCGAGACGUUUCAUCGGAAGUACGCCGAAAUACUCCUCACAGUCUAGCACCAAUUGAGGAAGCACCUGUCUCUCCAAAGAAGGCUUGCCCCGCGGGAUCGCAGGGUAAGAAGUGGUCCUGGUUCAAGCAUCGCUCGAAUAUCUCGGAAGCACCUUCCACGCCUCCUACACCUCCCGCAAAGGAUCCCACCCCCCUCGUUUACGCUGGAGAUAACUCGGUGAACAAGCCAGUCACUCUGGUGUCCGAAUUUGCCCCGUCCCCUGUAAAGAAUGAGCGAGUACCGACUCGUAAGACUUCACUGGACCGAUUUGGUGGCAGCUUCCUGAAGAAGCUCAUGAAGAAACCGAACAAGAGCGCCCCAGAACCUGCAACCGAACCUGAGCCUGAGCCACAGACUACAUCCAGCAAAGACCACCGCCAUUCGUUCAUGUGCCAAGGUCUUGCAGACACAGACAGCUCCGUCGAAGGCGACGACCCUCGCAAUCUGUUCUUGAACAAGCGUCGCUCAGUGGCGAAUCAGAACUGGUUCGCGCGUGUUUUCCAAAUCAAGCCCGCUACUCAGGUCAUCCCGUUGAGCAUCUCUAAAGCCAAGGGCCGCAAGGAGCUCUACAGGCUUCUUCGCGAAUGGCAGGACUUUGGUAUGGAAGACGUUUACCUGGACAAGACCAACAGCAUUGUCCACGGACGUGUUGGCGAAGCCAACGUCCUUUCACUUCGGGAGGUUGAGUUCACCGCUGAGUUCUAUACUGUUCUUGAACAUGGCCGCCAAGCAAACCUCAGCUUAGUCCGCUUUAAGCAAGAGCGGGGCGCUGCUUCCUCUUUCAACAAGGUCGUCGAGACAGUACACACAACACUUCAACGCCGUGGCAUCGUGGUUGAGGACCCGUCAAAGGCCAAGAAGAUGUCCAGGGUCCUCGACUCAAUUCCUAAGCACAAAUAA